UUAACGUAUGUUUUGUAUUUCAAAAUUUUUCCGUUUCUUAUUUUUGAAGAUGCACUGGGUAAACCAAAGAGUAAUAGACUCUAUUAAAUAGAGAGUUAUACUUUUUGGGGUAAACUGACUAGGUUUAUGUGAUUAGUUAACAAAAGAUGGCGUUUUUGAAAUUGUAAAAUGUGUGAAAGUCCAGUCUAACAGACAUUCUUGUUCAAACUACAUCUUUUUUACUCAAACAUUUUAAAUUUGAUUUUUGUUCAGUUAAAUUACAAUAUUGUGUUUUAAUCCAAAUCUGUGAAAAGAAAUAAUGAACUCAUUGGAAACUGAUGAUCAACUAACAAUUGUGAAUCGAUCGACGGAACAUCGUGUUAGUAAAAAAUUAAUUCGCAAAGUUCCUUAUUUUGAAAAAUUGUUGAGCCAUGAAUGUUUUGAAUCAAAGGAAAAUGCAGUUGUACUCGAUUUUGAUGAACAAGCUUUCAAAUUAUUUCUAAAGUGGGUUGAAUUCGAUCAAGUGGUGAUCGAAAUGAUGAAUUUAAUAAACCUGUGCACCAUGAUUGAUUAUUUUGGAAUGGACACUAAGUUAAUUGACGAUUGUGCUACUUAUUUUCAUGAUAAGUUUUCAAUCAAACACCUUCCAGUUGUGAUUCCGCAAGUGACUCCAACAUCUAAAUUAAUUAACUCUGGGGCUCUCGAUGCUUUCAUCUGUCGAUAUUUCUUAAAGAUAGCGAGCACAAAGGUUUGGUUAAACUAUCCUAUUGAAACCAUUGAAUAUAUUUGUGCCUUGGAUCUAAUGGUUCAUUCAGAAAUGCAAGUUUUCAAUGCGAUCAUGAAAUGGAUCGAUUUCAAGCGUAAUUCCAGAAAGGGCUAUCUUGAAAGAUUAUUAAAGUUGGUUCGAUGGUGUCAUUUGGAUGAUAAGGAUUCUGUUGAAAUAGAGGGAAAUGAUUUCAUCAGAUUCUCUUUCCUUAAAGAUGUAUUUAGCCCGCUUGAUCAACGCAAUGAUGUCAACCGAACGAAUCAAUAUUAUUUUGUCCUAGUUGAAACAUUGGAUGGUACAGAUUUGCAAAUCAAAGUAUUUGACAGAGACUUUCUGCCAUUUAUUAAACGAGUCAUCAAACUAGAUGAAUCAUUGCCUUUGCAUCUUCUGCACAAUGACCAUGUAUCUGAUAUAGUUAUUGAUUCGGGAAGGCAGAUGAUUCGUGUUGAUUGGAAUCAAAAUAAGUAUCGUUUUAUUGGUUUAAAUGAUUAUAAAUCUCAUCAUUAUAAAAUCCAAGAAUGUAUUCUUGAAAAGACUGAGGAAAAACAGUAUAGUUUGGCUACGUACUCAAUAUGGGCCGUUCAACAUACUAGCGGAGCUUCGCUACUCGAAUUCAAUGAUAAGAGUGUUUUGUUGGCGGAAGAAAGAAUCUCCUGUGCUCCUUCGCGACUCAUGUCAGAUCCCUUUGACUCAUAUACAAACAAAUAUUCCGACUAUGAAUUAAACAUGUGUUGUUGGACAGCACCAACUGAUGGUCAGAUUUCGAGAUUCUUCAAUAGUGGAGAAAGAAAUUAUCUGACAACUAUUUUGAAUAAUAAAAUUUAUAUCAUGAAAGAUAGGUGUGAAUUGAUCCAGUUCAAUAUUGAAAGUCAAGAGAUGAAGAAAUUUAGACGUAAAGGUACAUCAGACUUAAGUGAUUUAAUUUUAACUUCCAUGCCAGUUCAUGAUGAUAAAGUUUUUUUGAUCGACAGAUACAAAAAAGUUGUUGAAUGUUUCAAUGUCAACGAUGAAGAAUGGACUCCAUUUGGUCUUAUGUCUAAUAUUUGUACUUCUACUGGUGAUCAAAGGAAGUCCACUGAGCUGUUUGCUUUUACUUCAGCCUUUUUACCGAUAAACAUUAUUUUAUCUUGCAUGCGUGACUGAUUGGGCGCGGGAUUUCCGUAAAUCAAUGGAAUAACGGUUAUUUUGCCAAUAUUGUCAAAACUAGCUGUAUUGAAUGCAUUUAAUUCAAAUUAAAUUUCACGUCGAAACCUUCGAAAAAUAU